CAUCCACCAUCAACUGACCAAACAUUAUCUCAUUCAGCAUCAACUGACCAAACAUCAUAUCAUCCACCAUCAACUGACCAAACAUCAUAUCAUCCACCAUCAACUGACCAAACAUCAUCUCAUCCACCAUCAACUGACCAAACAUCAACUGACCAAACAUCAUCUCACCAACCAUCAACUGACCAAACAUCAUAUCAUCCACCAUCAACUGACCAAACAUCACCUCAUCCACCAUCAACUGACCAAACAUCUUCCCAUCCACUAUCAACUGACCAAACAUCUUCGCAUCCACCAUCAACUGACCAAACAUGAUCUUACCCACCUUCAACUGACCAAACAUCUUCCCAUCCACCAUCAACUGA